AGCAGAGUGUCAAAAGCAGCAGCACCUCUCUACAUCAGAAACUUAAAGCCAAGUCCAUGGCACCAAGAAAGAACAGCAUGUGAAGCUAGCUGGCACAGAUCUGGGGUGGUUCCUCAGAUCACCCAUGGAAUGGGAGGCAGCAGCAUGAGCUAAAUCUCCAGUUUCUUUGAGAUGUUUUUGACAAGCAGCUUAAAGAUUUGGGAGUAGCUGCAAGAUCUAGGAUAAUGUAUCAGGACAGUCUAAAAUCAGCUAUUCGUAGAUCAUUAACCAAGCCUCUACAAUUACCCUCGGCUGAUGGCCACGAAGCAGUCCAGUCUAGGGCAAUUGGGAAGCCCAAAACUGGUUCUGCAAUGGAGUUUACAUCUGGAAGAAGUCACUCCGGCCAAGAUCCGACUUCGUCCAAGGGUAGAGAAGAAGAACAAGCCGUGGCUUACAGAAACAGCAAUGACUUUCAGCUCUUGCAGGUGUCUAGAGAAGCUCACAGACUGGCUCAGGUGAUUGAUUCGUGGUCGAACUCUGCGAAAAUCGACAGUAGAUCACAAUUUUUCGCGGAUGAUCUUCUUAGAGGUGCAUUAGGUCUUCAGGAGUCACUGGACAUGCUCAAAAAGUGCCAGGAUGCAUCAAGGAAGAUGCCUAGAAUCAACAGUAAGCAAAAGCAAGUUGAAGAGAUUUGUGAACGAGAACUGGGAUCUCAAAGAUUUGCAGUCAGUAAUUACCAGAACAGGUUGCAUGAAUCGCGAAGCUCAGCUGACGACUUCUCAAGGGAUUGUGUCGAAGAGCUGAAACAAGUCAUAAAAGAAAGCCUUCACAAGACAAAUAUACUGUCGUCCUCUUCUGAUGACGAGAAGAACUCCUCGAGCAGAUCGAUGAGGUAUGGUACAAUUAAUCAUUUUGAGGAUAAGCACCUUGCGAAGAGCACAGUGCCAGUUACGUCGAUUUGUUCCACUGAUAAUCCAAGGAAGGCUAGAUCUUCAAACUUGAUUGCCAAGCUCAUGGGUCUGGAACAAGCCCGUCCGGAAAUUGUUCAACCUAGCAAAAAAGAGGAAAAGAAGAACUGCGUGAACUCUCGGAGGCCUGGGUUUGAUGUAGAGAUGCCUAAAGCAAGGGAGAUGCCAUAUUUGGCACAAGAUAAAUGCCAAAAACAACACGAACUAGAUGAACUCAUUGAGACUAUGCAUUUCGAAAGGCGUUUGAAGCAAAGCCAAGUUGAAGAAAAUGGACUCGAGAUGCCUUUCUUUGGUGCCACAGAUCCCAAACAAUGCAGGAGAAAUCUACAUAAUGUUGAACAAUUGCCACCGAUUGUGAUCAUGAAGUCUUUGCAUUUGCGCUACCAGGAGAGUGAUGUCGAGAAGGGGCUUGAUAGGGAUAAGACCUCGAUGCAGGACAGGAUCCAAGCAGUUAAACUGGUUCGGGAGAAUAGUUCGUAUCAUAAACAUGUGUUAGCAAAGACAUUGGAAGCAAAAGAAGUGAAGCAUAUGGAGAUGGAUGUUACUGAGCCAUUACCUUAUUAUGAGACUCCCUCUUCUCUGUUCCACAAACAACAAAAGAAGGCUGUUACGGUUCAGAAAAAGAACACUGGGGAGGAGAAACCAUCAAGAUUAAAUGUGAAGAAACAAGAAGAGAAGAGAGUCAAGGCAACAAGGAUACCGAUAUCUCAUCCCAAGAUUUCUGCAGUGCAGGAAAAGCCUAACAAAGAACUACCCGUAGCAAGGACUAAGGCUUCAGCACAUGUAACUGCAACUCAAAAUCAGGAUUUGAAGUCUCCUUUGAGACCCAUAUCGAAAGCGCCCAUUGAUUGUUCAAAGAAUAGGAAUAGGUCUGGAGCAAAACCGAUUAGAAAGUCUGCAAUUGCCGAAUCUGUGGAUGAUGGCAAAAAACGCAAAGAAAAUGGCAAAUCAAUCAGAUCUAAUAAGACGAAUGAUGUUCCAGAAGUAACUGGCACUUCUCAUGGUGAUGACGAGUUCAAACAGGCAGGGCAGGACACCAAACCCUUUGAUCCAGAUAAUGUGAACAAGGAUCAUAAUAUAUUUUGUGAAGCGACAUCGAAGAACAACCAGGACGGAAAAGACUACAGAUUGACGGAAGCAGUUCAGCUUCCUGAUUGCAAUAAAGUCGAUGCAGCCGCAGCUGGCACAGACGAUGAACUCAAGAAUGUUUUUCUCAGCAGCAGAUCAUUUGUAGGCUGUGCAAAACAGUUCUUCAAUGUUGAUGCUACAGAACCCGUACACCAUCGGAGCGAAAGCGCAGAUGAGGUUGGAAAAUGCGACUCGAAGCUAUUGCUGGACAUUUCGGAGGAGCUAAUGACACGGAAAUACCACCAACAGAAGCAUCAUCUGGGCCAUCCCUUGAUGCAAGCCAAAUCAUGGAGUAGACUAACAUACCUUUCCAUCGAUAAAUUGGUGGAGGAAAUUAUAGACAGGAUCAGAAAACUGAGCAGUUACAGCAAGCUGGACAGCGUUGCUGCUUCUGAAGACAGUCUCUACAUCAGGUUGGAGAGGGAGUUAACCUGCAAGGACCCAGCCAUAAAUUCUGUUUGGGAUAUUGGCUGGGACAAUAGGAUUUGCCCGGAAGAGGCCGACCAAGUUGCCGAAGAACUCGGCAAGCAAAUCUUGUCUAGCCUGAUUCAGGAGUCUGCACUGGAGUUGGUACAGGGACAAUGCAGAUAAUGUCUUCUGGAAUACUCAAAUUAUCUGUUUUUUUCAUAAUAUUUCGACGUCUUUAUUAUUCUCUUCUCAGGAUGACAAAAACAUGCUGUUUGUAUGAAGAAGAAUCAAGAAAUUUGUGAUAUGGAA